AUGAGCAGGCACCACGCAGAAUUCUUAAAAGAGAAGCCCAUCAGAGGAAGAGAGAUGAAGACAAAAGCAGUCCCUGCAGAUAUGUUUGAUACAAUGAAACUUGUGUCUGCAAAAAAGGCACUGGGAGACGAAAGUUUGUCUCCUGAACUAGAAAAACCAAAAGACGACAAGGUUCACCUAUACCACGAGGGCUACGUGGAUGGUAAGUUGUUCUUAGUCCCAGACGAAAAUCUUGAAACAAUGAAAAACGACGUUCAUACACAACUAAAAACUAAAGGGAUAAAGGGUUUGAUUGGAGAAGACUCUGAUUCCUACGAUGUGACCAAUUACGACAGGGCACAUAGAAAAAUGGGUAAUUUCAUAGACAGAGUAGAUAGUAUAAGUGACUCAGACGAUGAAAAAAGUAAGGAUAGUGAAGAAAAAAGAAAAUCAGAGAAGAACGAGAAAACGAAAAAAACAGAAGAAGAAAGUGAUAAGGACUACAAAGAGAAGGAAAAGGCUCAGGAAGAGGAGGAAGAUAAAGGAGAAGACGAGGAAGAGAAAUGUAAAGACUCUGAUUCCUACGAUGUGACUAAUUACGACAGGGCACAUAGAGAAAUGAGUAAUUUGAUAGACAGAGUAGAUAAUAUAAGUUCUGACUCAGACGAUGAAAAACGUAAGGUUAGUGAAGAAAAAAGAAAAUCAGAGGUGAACGAGAAAACGAAAAAAACAGAAGAAGAAAGUGGUAAGGACUACGAAGAGAAGGAAAAGGCUCAGGAAGAGGAGGAAGAUAAAAGAGAAGACGAGGAAGAGAAAUGUAAAGACUCUGAUUCCUACGAUGUGACUAAUUACGACAGGGCACAUAGAGAAAUGAGUAAUUUGAUAGACAGAGUAGAUAAUAUAAGUUCUGACUCAGACGAUGAAAAACGUAAGGUUAGUGAAGAAAAAAGAAAAUCAGAGGUGAACGAGAAAACGAAAAAAACAGAAGAAGAAAGUGAUAAGGACUACGAAGAGAAGGAAAAGGCUCAGGAAGAGGAGGAAGAUAAAGGAGAAGACGAGGAAAAGAAAUGUAAAGACUCUGAUUCCUACGAUGUGACUAAUUACGACAGGGCACAUAGAGAAAUGAGUAAUUUGAUAGACAGAGUAGAUAAUAUAAGUUCUGACUCAGACGAUGAAAAACGUAAGGUUAGUGAAGAAAAAAGAAAAUCAGAGGUGAACGAGAAAACGAAAAAAACAGAAGAAGAAAGUGAUAAGGACUACGAAGAGAAGGAAAAGGCUCAGGAAGAGGAGGAAGAUAAACGAGAAGACGAGGAAGAGAAAUUUAAAGACGAGGAAGAAGGAGGAGAACAGAAUGAAGUAAAAGGCGAAGAGGACGAAGAAAAAUGUGAAGAGGACAAAGAAAAAGGUAAAGAGGAUGAUGAAAAUGGCGAAGAGGAGGAAGGAAGGGUUAAAGAAGAGGAGGAGGAAAAGGAAGAGAUUGGAGAUGAAGAAAAAUGCAAAGAAGAAAAUAUAGUAGAAGAAGACAAUAUAAUCAAAGAAGAACAAGGAAAAUAUGGAAAAUAUGACGGGGUGUUAGACAACAGAUCGGAAGAAAAUGUCGAAGAUAAAGAUGUGGAUGGUGGAGGAGUAAAGCCCUUGGCACAAGCGUUACGAGAUCCAACCCGUUUGCGUCUUCUCAUAUCAGGCCACUUUAGAAAGGACCAAAAACCAAUUUAUAUAGUCCAAGAAUACCGAGAGGAAUUAGAACUAUUUAAAGAUCAAAAAGCCGAUUUCAAAUCACACCGAAAACUGUGUGAGGAUGGAAUAGACGCUUUCGUAUCAGGGAGAUUCUAUGAUGAAACUAUUCUAGAAGAGGCGGAAGGAAACCCAGUAGCACUAAAUAUUAAACAACAGAAAAUAAUGAUUGAUGGAGAAAUAGCUAAAGUGUAUGAUGAUUACUUUGAACAAGUCUAUAACUUAGAGUCGACCGACGUUUUGCUUUCAGGGGAGUUUUUGAAAAGUGAAAUCACCAAAAGGAUUACUCCGUUCUUAUCUCUUGCAGUCAGGAAAGGAGAGAAAAAUGAGGAAAAUGACAUUCGAAACGAUGAAACAAGUGUUUCAGAAACCAAUAUUUUCACUUGCCACCUCAAACCUACAGUACCAUUUCCCACUACGAAUUCUUAAAACAUUUAAAUACAUUGUCCAAUUAUAAAGCAUGGUGAGACUUUUAUUAAGAGAGUUAAACGCUUUACGCCGAUGUACUAAAGUGCCGUUCUUGUGUCUGAAAAUAUACUGUUUGGAUCAUUCUGGAAACCAAACUUCAAUAACUUUAUUUUGAAAUGGAUCAAGACGAGCCACGAUUAUGAAUUUACAUAAAGAGUUUCGUUUAAAGCUAAUUAAAAGUUAAACAUAAU